AUGGUUCCUCUAACACCCCAAUUUCCUAGAAAGAAAGUCGCCAUUAUAGGUAGUGGGUGCUCUGGGAUAGGUGCUUUGUGGGCGUUGAACCGGACGCAUCACGAUGUGUAUUUGUACGAGGCCGCGGACCGCUUGGGAGGGCAUACCAAUACUGUGGAAUUCAAGCAUGGGAAUAGCAAAACUCUCGUCGAUACAGGCUUUAUUGUCCUGAACACAGCUACCUAUCCCAAUUUUAUUGCUUUCCUGAAAUAUAUUGAAGUGCCUACUAUGCCAACUGAAAUGACUUUCGGCGUUUCGAGAGACAAAGGCCUGUUCGAGUGGGCUGGAACCUCUCUUGGGGCUGUAUUUUCUCAGCGGCGGAAUCUAUUCUCGCCGCGCAUGUGGAGGAUGUUAUUCGAUGUGAUACGCUUCAACCAGUUUGCGUUGGACUUGCUAGCGACUGAAGAAAGGAGUGAAGAGUUCGUGAACGGGAAUGGAAACGGUGCUCACCAUGCAAAAGAGCAGGAGAGUAUAGGGGAAUAUCUGGCUAGGGAAGGAUAUUCAGAUGCUUUCCGGGACGACUAUCUUAUACCGAUGACUGCAGCGGUAUGGAGUACAAGUCCCGAUAAAGCAUCACUAGAAUUCCCAGCCGUCACUCUCGUCCGAUUCAUGUGGAAUCACCACCUUCUCAGCACCAUCUCCACAAGACCCGACUGGUUAACGCUCAAGCACUGCGGAAAGUCCUACAUCGACGCCGUGUUGAAAGGCUUCCCCCCCAACCACAUCUUCCUCUCCACCGCCGUGCAGUCCAUAACCAACACCUCCUCCGGGCGCGUCCAGCUACACCUACCCAACGGCAAAAUCGACACCUACGACCAUGUAAUAAUCGCCACCCACGGCCCACAAGCCCACGCCCUCCUCCGCCCCUCCCUGACCCCCACCGAGCACGGCAUCCUCUCCGGGUUCCGCGUCAGCGCCAACACCGCCGUGCUACACUCCGACCUGUCUCUCAUGCCCACCUCGCGCACAGCCUGGUCGUCCUGGAACUACAUGACGCGAUCCUCGCCCACAUCCUCGAAUAUCGACCAAGUAUGCCUAACCUACAACAUGAACAUCCUGCAACACAUCUCCGAGUCUACAUUCGGUCCCGUGCUCGUCACGCUUAACCCUCUGCACGCCCCAGCCCCAGAGACCGUGCAAGGGGAAUAUACGUACGCUCAUCCUCUCUACAACGCGCGAGCUAUCAAGAGCCAGAGCCAGCUGCAUAUGAUUCAGAAUCAGCGGGGGAUUAGCUAUGCGGGGGCGUGGACCAAGUAUGGGUUUCAUGAGGAUGGGUUUUCGAGCGGCUUGAAGGUCGCGAAGGAGCAUUUGGGCGCGAGGCUGCCGUUUGAGUUUAGGGAUAGUACGUUUAGUAGGGGGAAGAGACCCGUGUUGGGACUGGCAGAUUUGGCGUUAAGGGUCUGGAUUGCGAUGGUACAGGUGUUUAUUGUGCUGCUUGAGAGAUUUGCUGGUGUUGAGAGAGGAGUACAGGGCCAGGUCCAGCAGAAAAGGGUCCAAAAGAAGAUUCAAUGA